GCAGUAUCCUGGAAGCGAUGCUUGAAUACACGACCAUUUUUCGUUACAUAUCGAAUCAUCCCGUUGUUUUUAAAACUUUCACCAAUAGCGAGCAAUGAGUAAAAGAGCAACGCAGCAUAGUAGCACCACAAUCUUCUAUCCUUGUCUUGUAUCCCAUUUUACCUGAAUAUGUACAAUGAAAGUGCGCAACGUUUAGUGGGUGGGGGCAUUGUGCGAGAAAGAGAGAAAGAAGGAGGGGGAGAAAUUGUCCGUCUUGCGAGCCGUCAUAGCUGAAUCAUCGUGAGAGGUUCUUACAAGAGUGCGAUAAUAAAUGACAUUGUGAUUGAAUUAGUAAGCGGGAGAGGUACAGUGUGUGGGACUACUUUUAAUAUAAAGUUCUGAUCUCGAUGCGGAGACCCGACGAGGAAACGUGAUAAACAGUGUUUUGGCGUGUGCGUGAUUUCCCCGUGAAACGAUGAACGGGUUAAGUUUGAGUGAAUUGUGUUGCUUCUUUUGCUGCCCACCUUGCCCGUCCAGAAUCGCUGCAAAACUAGCGUUUCUACCACCUGAGCCUACGUAUACGUUUAUCGAGGAUGAAGGUUCCAAGUUUGCUAUUUCUCUGUCCGAGAGGGCCGAAUGGCAAUAUACAGAAGUAGCAAAAGAGUCGGUAGAAGGUUUCUAUGCAAGAACGUCACGAGGCAAUCGAAUAGCUUGUGUGUUUGUACGGUGCUCAACUACUGCACGGUUUACCAUUUUAUUUUCUCAUGGCAAUGCUGCCGAUAUUGGACAGAUGUCUAGUUUUUAUUUGGGACUUGGCGUCAGAAUAAAUUGUAACAUAUUCAGCUAUGAUUAUUCGGGGUACGGAAUCUCCAGUGGCAAACCAUCAGAAAAGAACCUCUACGCUGAUAUUGACGCUGCGUGGCAUGCUCUCAGAACACGGUAUGGUAUUAGCCCGGAAAACAUUAUCCUGUAUGGUCAAAGUAUCGGGACUGUACCAACGGUCGAUCUAGCCUCGCGGUACGAGGUUGCUGCAGUUGUUCUGCAUGCACCUCUGAUGUCAGGAAUGCGAGUGGCUUUUCCUAAAACCAAAAGAACGUGGUUCUUUGAUGUCUUCCCCAGUAUAGAUAAAAUACCCAAAGUUACGUCUCCAGUAUUGGUCAUCCAUGGAACUGAAGAUGAAGUGAUAAAUUUCAGUCACGGUGUGGCCAUUUAUGAAAGAUGUCCAAGAACUGUAGAACCAUUAUGGAUUCCGGGUGCAGGCCACAAUAAUGUGGAUUUAUUUGAACAAUAUGUGGAACGAUUGAAGCAAUUGGUGAGUGUAGAAUUGGUGAACUGACGGCGGCUAAGCCUCUCCCAGGGUCAGGGGGGGCAGGGAGGACAUAUGCAUGUGGAUAGUCAGGGGCGCAAUACUCCUAAUAAUUCAAACACAUCCAGUUCCAGUUCAACAAACUCACAGACUGAAAAACUUGUCUUGCAAUCGCCUCCCUCAGGGGAGAAGACACCUGUCCUUCUCUAUGAUGAAGAAUCAUCUUCUGCCUCUUUAGACGAUUUAUACUUCUGUAGCUUACAAAGGAAACUCUCCUCAAUGAGAAAAAAAUAUUCCAAGGAUGAUGUCAUAACUGUAGCAGUAAUUGAAGAGAAACUAAUCAACAAGAUGAAAAAAAUGAAAAGUGAAAAAGAGUAACUAAAGCUGUGCAGGAUAAAAAGUAUAGUAAAACAAUAUUAGUGGUACGCCUUUUUCGAUGGAAUCACAUUGAUUGAGCUGUUAAGAAACAGACAGUGGUGGCAAAGGAAAAUUUAAAAGAUAAGCGUUUUUAAAGCGUACCAUAAUUUUACAAAAAGGGAUUAUAUUUUACAACAGCAAUGAAUUUUUCAUAAAUAUAUACAUGAUAUGGCGCUAUAAAAACAAGGAAAACAUACAUAGGAAUAAGAAAGUAUAUGUUUUAUUUAAAACAUUUAAACAUGUGAAGAAAUUAGUUGGACAAAAGUAAGUUUAAUUACUAGUUUCUGUGAUUAUAUACUCUUAUGUUUAGACAUAUAUUAUUGUUAAUAUUUUAUUUUUUUCUUUACUGUCUACUGUAACAAAAUGUUCCAAAGACUUACGAUUGCAGCAACUGUGACGAUAAUGGUUAACAAACGGUGAACGUUUUUAUGAUUUUUUAGCGAAUAAUUUCUUUCGUUGUAUUAUUUUUUAAUUUCAUUUUUCUUCAAUCUCCUUCUCGCUAUUUUUUUAUAUUUUCUUGUUCAUGAGUCAUCAUCUUAUCGUUUCUUGAUGAAGUUCUCCUUAGUUCGUCAAAUUGAUUUCCAAUUUUAUUUAAAUCUUUUACCAUUUCAAACUACUAGCUAUUUAAUAUUCAUAAAUUUUUUAGUAUUUUUACUCAUUUAUGAAACUAAAGAUUUUAAACAUAUUUUUGUCCACUCUAUGCGUCGUAUAAAAUGGAUUGUUUACAUACCAGAAACAAAACCAGUUUUAUCAACAGAAAAAUAUAAUGAGAAGACAACCCAGGGUAGAUGAGUGUUACCAAAACGAUAUAAAAUAUUUAAGUACGAGUGUUAUUGUUAGUACUGACGUAAAGAUGCCAAUUUAAAACCUCCUUUUGUCCGCCACUGUAUUUCUUCAUUGAAGAAUGAAGAAAUUCAUAUACAUAGUAAGAGUCAAAGAAACAUUGUUGACGAAGCUUUGGAGUAUAUGUUCCAUCAAAGUCAAAAAGAAAAAAAUCAAUUUCAUUAUUUUCCAAUACCUUUAGUAAUAAGAUAAAAGACAUUUUGAAUGUUAGGAACCUUCAUGCUCAGUUUAAAACAGGGAAAAAUCUGCAAUUCAGUUUAAAUACAAUAGGAAAUGUUCUAGAACAGAACAGAUUGGAAAGAUGCGAUACUGUGAGCUGUGUAACGUUGUCCCAACAUGAAGUUACUUGAGUUAUUUGGUUAUUGAAAUAGAGUAACUGCCUUUACAAGAAGUUGAAUGUUAAUCGUCGAGUUGGUCAUUUGGAAGAUCAUUGAAAAUGGUGAAGAAAAACCAUGUACUCAAUACUCCGACAAGAUUGAAGGAAAGCAACUUGUAAGAUCAAGUAUUAAGAUAACUGAACGACACAAAUUCCACGUGUUUGGCAAGUUACCGCUCUACUAUUCUUCCACAUGACUGUCUACAGAAACCACAGAUUUAUACGCACGACACAUAUUUGGGCUGUAACAGUGCUAGUGAGAUUGUGCACAUUAACACGUACGAUACAUUUACAAAAUUUAUUAUAUUUCUAGACUACGAAAUAAUGCAGAGUGAUAAAAAAGAAUUCAAAAUAUCUAGUGUAGAUAAUACUCGCCAAAUGAAUGAAAAUGGUUCAUAUAUGCAUCAUAAGUAGGAAAGUUAAUAUUUUCAAAGCGGUAAACAAGUUCUCGUUUCAGUUAAGACGGAUGGCUUGAUUAUUUCCAAUAUUUUAUCGCAUUAGAAAAACAAUUUCUUUGUUGUCAUAAUCUGUUUUAAACGCGUAUCAUAGUUACAUUUUUAUUAGGCUUCGUUAGAGGAACAAUGAUUAAGCUUGUUUAAUUUCUUCAUUCGUUUGGUAAGUACUACCUAUUCUAACAAUCUUUUUUAUCAUUCUGUAUUUCUGUGCAUACUGAAUAUUCUUACUAUGUGUACACACAUACCAGUGUACGCAGUUGUAUGUUGCAAGCCGUUUCUGCAGCAUAGAACAUAAAUCGUUGCGACGACAAAUACGUCAAGUAUUAUUAUUUUUAUGAAAAGUCUCCUUAAGAUUGAGGCGGACAAAUGGCUUAUACACACUGAAACAUUUUCUGCCAGCGUGAAAUGCAGCGAAAUGCAGUGGGUGUGUAGCAAAAAAAAUUCCUCGCUGAACCUAUACACCUUGUAUUUCUAUGAUGACUUCUACACAUUGCUAUCGAUUAACGAAUAGUCGAACAGUUUCGGAAGAAUCUCCAAUUGUGUUCGUCGUACUAUGACAUUAAUGCAUUUAAACUUGUUUUUCAUACAAAAGAAAAAAAAAGAGGAGAGAGAGAGAGAGAGAGAGAGAGAGGAUUGUAGCUACUAAUAGAUUUGUUAAUGAAUGUGAGAUGUAUGAACUGCAUCGCGUGUUUUCUAUGGCUCAUCUUUAGAGAUUAGGUUCAGCGGUGAUAUAGAUGUUGCGUGAAGUCGCAUGUUUUUAUAAAUGCAUCGCUGUCACUGUGACCAGUGUAUAUGAUAGCUGUACGAGUAACAAAGAAUAAAGAAACAUUUGUUUUUAUAUUGUCCCACAGCAAAGGCCUGUGCAGCGAGCAAUGGAAAUCUUCCAGGUAGUAAAGAAUUUAGGAUAGAGAUAUUAAAGUUAAUGAAUAGCGGUAAGGAAAUUCGUAAGCGUAAGACGUUCUAGCGGACGGUAUGUUUUAUCGAGAGUGAAUUAAAAAAAAAAUGAAAAGUGUCGAGGAUCUUGUAAAACAAUAAUAACAAAUACAAAUAGAUAGGGACAAUAUUACUACCAAACUUGAUUAUAAAUUAGUUUAUUUCUAAUGAGAUGAAUCGUUUGGAGAACCUUAUCUAUAAGUAUGUUUCUUGUUAGUAUUUUUAUAUCUCGAUAAUGUAAAUACAAUGCAAUUAAAUAAUUUUCCUUUUAUUAGUAUAUGUGUAAUGUAUGCGACAAUGUGGAAAAGGCCGCGCGGAGCCAAUGGAAUGAAUCGGCUCUACGUAUACAGGUACAUAUGUAGAGACAUGUACUAUUAAAAAACCAAAAGACGAGUCUCUUACCCGCAAACUAAUCAACGCGAGGAGCAAGCGGAAUCGAUCAGGGAGCAAGAGGAAGCGGUCGCCCGCUUCACCUAAUCACGUCUUCUAUUCAUCGCGUAACUUAGCCAAUAGUAACUCAGAAUUUGGAAAGUGUGAGGGAACAGGUGGAGCGAACAGUUGAUUCCCUUAUCCCUCGUGUUGAUUAGCUUUGUUUGUGUAAACGCUUAUCUUUUGAUUUUUGAAUAGUACGUAUUUCUGCGGGAACGUUUCCUCCUUGGUUUCUGAGUAAAUUAUUGUCAGCAUUUCUAUCCCGUCCUAGUUGUCAUUUAAAAUACAUUGCUACAUAUGUAUAUCUCCAGACUACAAGUAUAAACUGAAAUUAUAUAAAUAUAAUUGUGGCCGUCGUAUGAAUGAAUGGAAAGUGAAUAUAGAAUUAUCAAGUAUUUAAGUAAGGGGUAAUCUAAAGUAAUCGAACUUUUUUUUAAGAUGAAUAGUGAUUUACACGGAAACCAUCAGUGAUGUUAGUACUUCUAAUUGUCAUCGUGUUAUUAUCUUUACUCUCGUGCCACCGACGUGGAUCAUUCUCGUUACUCUAUUCUGUAUACAUAAUCAUCGUUUCAAUUCAACAUAUUAUUAUUUUACGAUAAUAUCGCGCGCAUAAAAUACCAAACCCAUGUUCUUUUUGUAUUCACUUUCUCUUAGUAUUAAUCAUCUUUAGAAUACCGUGCAGUGUACAAUGCUAUGAAAUAUGGUAAUGAGACCGAUACUUUUCUUCCAUUGGCCUUCGCCGUAUUUAAAUCGAUCGACAUCAUCUAUCACAAUUCUUAUAUAUAUUAUACAUACGCAUGUAUUAUAAUAUAAUAUAUAUUAUACAUAUGCAUAAUAAUCUGCAUAAUAUAUAAUAUAUUUAAUAGUCACGUGUAUAAUAAUAUAAAUAUAUUUCGUAACUUGCAAAGGAAGGAAAGAAGUUUAUACCGUUAUUUGACAAAUGUCCAGUUUUAUAAACGGUACACACAUCGAGGAGCAGAUUUAUCGGUAUUUACAAUGAAGACAGUGAAGAGAGUAAUAACGAUGGGGAUCGUUGCUUGUGACAAGAAUCUGUGCGAUUUGUCGUUGGUGAAACUGGUUAGAAAACAAAAAUAAUAAUAAUAAUGAUAAUGAUAAAUAUCUUUUGUACAGCGUAUGUUCGGAAGCAUAGACGUGUCUCCUCUUUCUUCUACUUUCAUUCUCGAUCCGUACGUCGCCGUGCUUUCUCUCUUUCUCUCUCUAUUUCUCUUGCUCAUUUCUUUAACUGUUUUUUACUGUUCUACUCUGUCUCUCAUGCGCGCAAAGCAAUCGACCGGUUCCGAAGAGUACUUUCGUCUUUCAUGAUUGCAUCGUGCCGGUGAAAUGGUACUUGGCGGUCUUCUUGUUUGGGUACCGCGGAUCAUGGUGUGCUGGUAUUCGUAAAAAAAAAGAAAAAAACUGUACAUAAUAGCGUGUAAGUGAAGCAUUAGAGGUAAUAUGUACUCAGUGCUCUGUUCGGUCGUAUCCCAUGUAAUUACUAGGAGAAGAUGGGUCAAAGAGAUGGGAGGGAAGAGACGCAUCAUCCGUUGGUAGAUAUUGCAAUCUUUUGAAUUCGAUUAUUUGAACGUCGCACGCGUGUCUUUCGGGGAACGAAUUAGAAUGGGUUAGUCGUUUGAUAAGUAAGAUCCACGUAGGAUUGAAUUGUAGAAACGAUUAGAAGAAACCGAGGAAAGAGAAGAAAGAUGAGUAUCGUUUGUCCUGAUAUGAAGAAAACUGAAAAAAAACUAUUGUUUAUUUAGCGCGUAAAGAUAUCAAACGGGCGAAUGACACUAUUUCUUACGAAGAUCAUGUAGAAUGCGUAGUUAAAUGCAUAAACAUACGUACAUACAUACAUGCAUACAUCCAUAAACGAAUAACAUAAAUCGCUGGUCGUUCGAUCAAAACUAUUUCAAAGUUUUAUACUUGCAUCGCUCUCGAAUCAAGUGUGCCGGGCGAAUCAUGAAGUAAUUUGCUGAUAUUGCGACGUCGAAACAAUGUAAUAAUUGUUAUGUAAAUUACGCAGGUUCGAACACACCAUUAUCCAAUGUAGCUUGUUUUAACACCGGAUCUCGCAUUAUCGCGUGUCAUUUGCUGACUAAAUCAACUCGUCAGAAACAUAAUCCCCCUUGUUUAAGUAAUCGAUCGACAUGGCACUUCUGUAAUCGUAGAAAUUGUGAUUGAAGUGACGCAAGACGUUCAUCGUCAUCUUUUUCUAAAGAAAAAUCGAAAAUUAAGUAUGUACUCGUGAUAUCCUGUUUUUUAAAUAUUUUUCUUUUUUUUUGUUUUGUUAGUACAUUACACUGCAAAUUGGUAACUGUAAUUAAUGCUAUUGAGAUAACAAUGUUAAUAAAAUCCUAUAGAAAUGACA